AACCCAUGAGCUCAUCAUAGUAGAGCGAGAGACAGACAGUGACGGACAGAGACACACAGUGACACAGAGAGAGUGUGAGAGAGAGAGAGAGAGAGAGAGAGAGAGGGAGGUCAAAAUCACGACCACAACACGGAGACUCCCUGACAAGGCUUAGACCACGCUGACAUCUUCCUCAGAGCAGCAGGGUGAUUCCAGCACGAGAGGAGAUUCCUGAAGACAUACAGAAGACCUGAAGACACACUGAACCCCAAAGGAACUAAGCACAGAGGCUGAAGAGGCUGUGACAAGACACAAAACCCACCUUCACCUGAGGAGGGACAGAGAGUCUUCAAGGAAGCCCUACAGACAGCGGAAGCAGGCAACGUUGAGCAGGCUGUGGACCUGACCUGACUCCGUGGUGUGGACACCUCGUCCCUUUUUCCCGUUUUUCGUUUCGUGUGGUCGUCUGAGUAGCGGGUCAAGCUGGCAGGCCAGGAAGGGCCACUUCAUGACCAGGGGGAGGGGGAUGGACAGCAGCAGCAGCAGCAGCCCCAGGUGAACGGGGAGGCAGGCCCGGGAUCGGGGACGGGAACGGGGGGCGCCAUCGACAACUCAGGGGUGUCGCAGCUCUCCAAGCUCAUGUGGGAGGUGCCCCUGUCCGUCUCGCUGCCCAUCGAGGUCCUCAGCCCAGACCAGGCCUUCCCCUUCCUGAACAGCACCCUGGCCGGACUUGGCAUAGACGAGUCUUCAGUGAAGGAGCGUGUGGUGUGGGUGGACACUAAGCGUACCCAGGUGAGGACCAAGGCCGGUAAGGUGAAGGAGAAGGAGGUGACCCUGCUGGAGGUGCGUGUGAAGGCCAAGCACCCCGGAGACAAGCAGAGCCAGGAGGUGCUCUACUCCACCGAGUCACACACCGACCGCCACUUCACGCGCAGCGGAGUCGACAUCAACCCCUGGCGGCACACCCAGCCCAACGUGGAGGAACCAGAGUCUGAGACCCAGUCGGAGAGUAGCUAUGCCCCAGUGGAGAUGACGCUGCCGUUGGUCAUCGACAGCCAGGCUAUGGAGGAGUGAACACUUCAGCUGCCAAGCACAACUUUCUUUUCUUUUGCUUAGAGAAAUCUUGUUGUAACAGACAGGCCUUGCAUGCCAAUGUGACACCAGUCAUCUGUUUUAACAUCAGGGUUUUAAAACAUGGUGCUAUGGUCAUACUCCGCUGCUUUAUGUACCAAAGGAAAGCUCAAGUGUAGACAAUAUUGUCAAGAUUGAAGAAGCUAGUCCUGCAUGCUUGUCUGUCUUGUGUGAAGGAUGCCAAGAACGACUAUCAGUGGUGUUUUAUAGUACGUAGAGAUAAUCAUUCACACUGCUAAAGAACUAAACAGCUACUGUGAUGCCUAUUUUUUUGAUAAGAGCGUAGACUGUGUGAGAGUGGAAUGACUGAAAAGUGGGAAGAAAUGCAUGGCUCCCCCCGCCUUCUUCAGUGCUGUAUUCGGAGCUGAGUACUGGACUGUAUUGUGUUCCAUCUAAUAAAAAUGAUGAAGCUGUUUCUGAGCCUGGAGUUGUUCUG